AUGGGUUACUUUAACGUUCCUAUGCGAGAGACUGGUCUUACUUCUUAUGGCACUACUUACAAUCCUUAUUACGAUUAUGGAGAAAUUGAAAACUAUGGUUCACAUUAUCAGCCUAUUGCAGUAGAAUAUCCAUCCUAUCACGGUACUACUGGUAAACCAUUGACGACAACGGUGAGAUCUCCUUUAGGUGGUUUAGAUAUUCUUGGUCAACAAGGACUUGGCAAAUACGAGAACAUAUAUCCAACGUUUUUUAAUUCAAUGUCGCAACUCGAUUUGAACAGACCCAAAGUUCGUUUAAUUUAUGUACCUAAUCAUGUGUUAUGUGCAUUUCAAAAUUUACUUCCACAAGGCGGUGUCGGCUUUGCAAAUUCUUUCAUGGGUAGUUUCAAUCCUUCCAUGAGUGGUUAUGGAACCUUUGGAAUGCAGCAGAUGAUGCCUAUGCUUCAAGGAUCAAUGUCUCAAAUAGGUUCGAAUUGUUGGUCCACGUCAUUUCAAGUACCAUCGAUGGGUCCACAAUAUCCUUUCGGCAUUCCUUGUCCUCCUCCAAUGAUUCAGCCAGCUAUACCUCAAAUGCCUAUGCCCUAUCCAUCAUUCAUGCCCCAAAUGUCCAUUGGAACACCUUCAAUGGGUUAUACUCCACAAGUAUUUCCAAUGAUACCACAACAACAAAUCUACCCACAGGGUGUUUCUAGUAACUUUAGUGGAAUUCCAUUUUAUGGAGGCUUUGGUCAAGGAUUGCCACUAUGUGGAAGCCUUAAUAACUACAAUGGGUUUCCAAAUAUGGGUGGUAAUAUAUUGGCAAAUUCCAGUGGAAUGAGUCAGCCAGGAUUCGGCCAAUCGGUUCUUGCAGGAUAUAGUGGUUUUGGUCAAUCACCUUAUGGUGUCUACGAGCAACCGGGAUUAGGUGGAUAUAAUCAAUAUGGAUUUUCAGCAUAUUGUCAACCAGGAUUCGCUAGUUACGGUCAACAACCCUUCGGUAGGUUCAAUCAGUUAGGACUUUGUGGAUUGCCUCAAGUUCAACCACAGUUCGGUAAUAUUAACGCACAGCAAUUAUCAUACAAUGCCUUUCCACAACAGUCAUACAAUUAUUAUCCAGGAGCUAACAUCAACAUAUCAAGUGGUUUAUCACAAAUUAAUGGUCUCUUUCAGUCGGGUAUUUGUUCACCAGUUAGCAACUUCUCUCCAAUUAGUCAUGCUCAAUUAGGAUCAUUUCCAGGCAGUUCUGGACGAAUAUCAAUUGUCUGUUGUAUUAUUCCUCAGUAG